AACCAAAAUAACCAAGAAAAUUUAGCUGAACUGCAUCUUGUUUCUAGACAGGAAAGCAUAAUAUAGCCUACCGUAAAGUGCAAGGUUACAUUGUGGAAGAUGUUUGGAGAGGGUGUGGUUGUGGGGAAUAAUGGUGUAAGCUUCUCACAUAUUCAGUUCGCUGAUGACACAAUCCUUUUUGGGAAGGCUACAGAGAGCAAUCUGUGGGCUGCUAAGUCCAUCUUGAGAACUUUUGAGCUUGUGUCUGGGCUCAAGAAUGUUGGUUGGGGGAAUCACAUAAGGCUUUCUUUUUGGCAACCGUUGGUGGACUCCAUUAAGAAGAAGCUGUCAGCACCAAAAAGUGUUGUGAAAACUAUUGAAAAAAUCAGGAAGAAUUUUUUAUGGGGUGGUUGUGAGGAAACUAGGAAAGUGCAUUGGGUCAGUUGGGAGAAGUGGUGGGGAAAGCUUGCUAAGGGGGAGGUGGGGUUGUGGGGUAGCUUAAUUAGGGAAAAAUAUGGUAAUGGGAAUGAUAAUUGGAUGUCAUAUGUAAAGGAUGGUAGAGGGAAGGGUUCUAGUUGGUGGAAAGAUGUUUGUAGGAUAGAUGUAUUGGGAGAAAAUAGAAAUGGGUGGUUAUCAAAUGGGUUUGAGAUAAUAAUAGGAGAUGGUGAAGAAGUUAGUUUCUGGUGGGAUUCAUGGAGUAAGGAGGGUGUCCUAGCUCACAGAUUUGCAAGCCUUUAUAUGCUUUCUGUAGGUAUGGACUACAAAAUAAAGCAAAUGGGAGUUUGCAUUGGGGAUAAAUGUGCUGGGCGUUACCAUGGAGAUGGAAUCCCAAGCAAAAGAGAAAUUAGAAAAGAUCAGGAUAUUCCAAUCUUACUGCCACAGAGGAGAAGAGUCAUAAGUAUGUCUUUGGAAGAGUAUGGAAUCCAAAUGCCCCAACAAAGCCAUGAUGGUAUUGCGGUGUCCAAACAAAUGAGGAUUGGUUGGGAGGUGGUGUGGUUUGCUUUGGAUCCCGAUACACAUGAAGAUUUUAGACCCACCAAUAAGCUUCAGGGUUCUACUGUUUCUUUGAAGGAUGUUGUUGAGCAGGAUGUCAAGGAAAACCCUGUGAUGAUCUACAUGAAAGGAGUUCCUGAAUUUCCUCAAUGUGGAUUCAGUUUACUGGCAAGUGGUGAACCGAAAGAAAAGCUUAAGGAUAUUGGUGCUAACCAGAAGGCUGAAUAAUUUGAUUUUUGAUCACUUGAGCAAGUCAUUGCUGCGUUUUUAACAGUCCAUUGUUCUUUUUACAUGUAGUGAGAUGGAAAGUUGUCAAGUUUAUUUAAGAGUUAUUUAGACCUUUCAUUGUUGUACCAUACAAGUUGAUGUGGCAUUCUUUAUAAGAGAAAUAGCCUUAACAAUCACUUUGUUGGUCCCAUUCCCACUCAGGCAACUUCUUUUCCAGAAUUAAGAGAAACAGACUUU